UGACGAGGUCCAAGAAGAAUCUGAAGAAUCAGAUGAAGAAUGGAAGGAAAGUGAAUGGGAGGAAAUUGAAAUGGGAGACCUGUCAGAUGCUGAGGAUCAAGAGUGUCAUCCAACAUAUGAAUUUCCCCCUGAAAGCACUUCAGAUGCAAAGUCACUGAAAGAAGAACCAAAAUAUGUGGUGUUUCAUACAAUGCUCAUGCAGCUAUUUUGUAUGUUUUGUUUCCAUUGCCACGAUGAUAACCCAGAAGUAUCAAUGCAGGUGAAUGGUACCAUGGUGACUGUGCUACAAGAGUGUGCUCAUUGUGGAAAGCAAUUUCAAUGGCGUAGCCAGCCUUUAGUUCUUGGAAGAUUCCCUGCUGGGAAUGUACUCUUCAGUUUUUCUGUGCUCAUGGCAGGAGCAUCUAUUAGCAAAAUGCUGUUGGCGAUGAAGCAUUUUGGACUUUCUGUCAUCAGUGCUAGAACAUUCUGCUACCAUCAACAAAAGUUUUUAUUUCCAGUAAUUUUGCGGCACUGGGAAGAGCAACAACAAAAACUCUUGUCAACCUUAUCACUAAUCAAAGAUUCUGUUUGGGCUGGUGAUGGACGCUUUGAUAGUAUUGGCCAUAGUACCAAGUUUGGGACAUAUACAAUGCUCUCUCCUACAUUAAUGAAAAUAGUGCACUUUGAGCUGGUGCAGGCAAAUGAGGCAGGGAGCAGUAAUGCCAUGGAAUUGUUUGGAGCCAAGAAGUGUUUUACAUUUUUAUUAUCGAAAGGGAUCAGAAUACCAAUUUUCAUCUCAGAUAGGCAUCGUGGCAUAGCAAAGUGGAUCAGAGAAAAUCAGCCACUUACAUCACAUUUCUUUGAUUUAUGGCAUGUUGCAAGGACUAUUUGCAAGAAAGUAUUGAUGGCAAGCAAGGAGAAGGGCUGUGAGGUUCUCAGUUCUUGGGUCAAGAACAUCAAGAAGCAUUUGUACUGGUGUGCUAGUUCUACAAAGCUAGGCUUUGGCGCCCUUGUUGUGGCUAAGUGGGAAUCCUUUUUGCAGCAUGUUACUGGUUCUCAUAAAGAUCAUCCAAAUUCCCUCUUCAAAAACUGCCUUCAUGGUGAAAUUAAGCCUCGCAAAUGGCUGAAAAUAGGGUCUCCAGCCUAUGACAAGCUGCUGUCAAUCUGCCAGAACAAAAGAAUUCUUGAAGAUAUUUCAAAACUAUCCCCAGAUGCACAGACAAGUUCACUAGAAGCAUUUCAUGCCCUUCUAAAUCACUGGCACCCAAAGAUGAUUUGUUUCUCUUGGAUGGGAACAAUGUGCAGGCAUAUCCUAGCCUCUCUCCAUUUUAAUGAGAAUGUGAAGCGUGAUUCGAGAAAAUCAAAAGAUGGCAAAACAUACUACCAUGUUAAGUACCCAAAAUUCAAGCUGGGAGAGGAAACUGUUAGAGAAAUUACCAUGAAGCCUACUUACAUGGAAGAACAAGAACAGCUGCUGAAGGCACGGAAAAGAGCUGUAGAAGCUGGGUCACUUAUGGCCUCAGAAAAAAAGAGAAAGAAAGUGCAAAAAGUGCAAGAAGCCCAUGAAAGGCCCCACACGUCAAUCUUGCAGGGAACCUGUUGAUUUCUAAUGAUUUUCUUCAAUUUAUAUUUUUUAUUAUCUAAUUUUACUUGGAAAACUUCUUUGAGGCGAACAAAAUUAAAAAUCUAGGCCACAUCCUUUUUACUGUCAGAAAACAUUGACAUAGAGUAAAACAGCUGGUAUAAUUACAAACAAUCUAUUUCUAGCUAAGUGGUAAUAUUGAAAAGAAAGGAGGCACUGGUACUAGUAAAAACAAGAUAUUAUCUAUUCAAACAUAAUGAUACAAUUUAAUUAUUAACAGCAAUGAAAGUGUUUCAUUCUCUUUCUUCAGUUGUAGCAUAUCCUUUGGAAGCUGGAUUUGGAAAUCUACUUCUUAUGUUGUUAUAUAUACAAGCAGGCAGUGGUCGUGUUUUGUUCCACCCUAAAUAACCAAAGAUCCACAGUAUGAGCCACCUGUAACUCACUGCUCUUAUAAACCUGUACAAAGGAAUGAUUGAGUGGCUUUUAGUUCUUACUAUUUUGCUUCAUGAAACCUAUAUAAGAAACAUUCAGUGCAACAAUGAUUUUAGUAUAUUUGUAAAUACUUAUAUGGAAAGUCUUUGUCAAUUCUGUGUCAUUGUUAGAGUCUAAUAUGUCUCAUUAAAGCAUCCAUGUUAUCUUGGAAUUUAUUUGGAUUCAUGGAUUUAAUUUGUUUAGUUGUCAAAAUUUGCUGAAGGUUGUCUUUUUAAAAUAUUUCCUGACAAUUUCCCACUGGGAAUUCUCUAUUGGUAAGUGAGGGGUGGGGUUAACACAAUUGGGUUCCGGCAACAAAAUGUGUCUGGUGUACAUUCCCUUGCCUAAGUGGAGUGGUCUAUUUUGAAGCUGUUUUUGAGAAAACUUGGCAAGGUAUGACUUAAAAAAGUUUUACUUUUGAAUCUUUCAUAAAUAUGCUGAGAACGAUCUCAUUUUUCUAACUAAAAGGGAGUUAAUCUAGGGCUCAAUUUUUAGGAAAGUAUACCUUAAAAAUCAACUAAAACUUGAAUUUUACUCUUAUUUUUCUGCCAGAAAAAAUUGUUAUCUUUUCCAACAGCAAGGAAAAUAUUGAAAUGUCAAUAUACUCGUUUUCAGUUUGAUUUCCUCUUCUUCUGUAUGGUCUACCAAUUUUAUCUUUCAAAAGUGGUGCAACCAUCAUUAAAUUUGUCUGGUUUGUGAGAGCACUGUAAGCAGGGUAGUUCGUGACACAUUUUAUUUCAUCUAUGGUGCCAUCAAAAGUCAGUUUUCCGACUGCCUCUGCAAUGUCCCAGCAGCAGCAAACUCUCUUGCACCAAUUAAAAGAUCCACUUUGCACUCAUUACAGCUACACCUGCAACAGGUUUUAAAAACUUUCAAAUACAAUUUCUGUAGACUGAAAUGCUUACUUUAUCAGGGAGUAACCUGUUCUUACUUAGAAAACACUUCACAGUGUAAGGCUGAGAAAAUAUAAGGAGAGCAAUGGUAUUUGCCACUACAUGGAAAGAUACAACACAUGCAGGACAGCAACUGCCCUUCUCCUAAUAAUAAAGGUCGUAAAGUGCAAAUUUUCAAUAUAUUCUGUGUAUUUAGAGAGAUAACUAUGCAAAAAUUUAUGUUUUUACUGUAAAUAAAGCACCCAGCUAAGGUAAUCCGCACAAAAAAAAUUUCUUGAGUAUUUUACAGCAGACCCCGUUUUUGCCCCCCCCCCCCCUAAAAUAAUUAUUCCUCUCGUAACAACACGGUUUUGAAAGGUUUAACCUCAAAUUUAACACGUUGAUCUCAGUUUGCUUAGGCCCACUGUUGUAAACUUGCAUUACCAACUGUUUCGUUUCUAACGCCAGAUUUAGGCCGAGGCCUAAAUUACUGUGUGGCAAAUUAUAUUUAGUAUACAAUUGCUUACCAGGAAUCAACAGCUUCGGUUCGCCGGAAUCUUUUCUUUAACGUUGUGUAGAGGAUUCCAUCUUCGUCUGCUUCAAUAUUUUCGUCACUAGCAUCAUCAUCUGAGGAGGAAGCUAAUGGCUCCCCAUCAUAUGGAUCGACUAUCGGUAAUAUUUCCCCAAUAUCCUCUCUAUCUGAUGAUUCAUGACUUGAAUCAGAUGCCGAUGUGUCUUGUUCACUUGCUGACAUCUUUUUUGACUAUGUCCCUCAAAGUUUCGCGAAUUUAUUCUUUUCGCACUUCGACAACUUGCUCAACCCCGUACAACCGUACAACCACAAUGUAUAGUGACCGUUGUUGUUCUGAACUGCAAACCUUUCAACGUCACUAGUGCCCAGAUCCCUAAAAGCCUAGGUCGCCAAGAGCUGCCGACAUUGCAAGGCUAAAUGCCGAUAAUGCAGACGGAAGAUCGCAAAACAAACUAUACCAUGUGAUAGAGCAAGGUUUAAACCUUGGGUUUUGCACAAAAAAAUAUUAUCAAAAAUUUCGUUGCAUUGGAGCUUUAAAGAACUCAAAAGUAUUUAUUAAUGUCCCAAAAUCUGGUUGUUCUGGUGUGGUUGUUUUGUUAAUUGAUAAUUUUGUUUUUUCCUAAUUCCUUUUUUUCAUAGUUUUUUGUAAAAUUUCAACCGUACAAAGUAAACCCUUCAAUUACUGAUUUUGUGUUUGAAACCAAAAAUCUUGAUUUAUCUUUGUAUGAAUGCAAUUUUUUCUGAAACUAUGGAAGAUACUGGAACUAAAUUUGCACAGUUUAUUCUUUAAGGCUCGGCAAGUUCAAUUUGGUAAGCAAAUGUAAAAAAAAAUCUUUGGCUGAUGUUUAAUUCACAAUUGAAAUGUUAGUUUCAAUUUUGCAGGUUAAUAUAUUUCUCUAAAAACUUUAAAAGUUCAAACUUUAGCGGCAUUAAAGAACUCGAAAGUAUUUAUUAAUGUCCCAAAAUCUGGUUGUUCUGGUGUGGUUGUUUUGUUAAUUGAUAAUUUUGUUUUUUCCUAAUUCCUUUAUUUCAUAGUUUUUUGUAAAAUCUCAACUUUACAAAGUUAACCCUUCGGUUUCUGAUUUUGUAUUUGAAACCAAAAUCUUGAUUUAUCUUUGUAUGAAUGCAAUUUUUUCUGAAACUAUGGAAGAUACUGGAACUAAAUUUGCACAGUUUAUUCUUUAAGGAAGGUCAAAACCAAAUAUGGUCAGCAAUUGUGAAAAAAUUAUUUGGUUCAUGUUUUAUUUACAAUUUAAAUGUUUGUUUCCAUUUGGCAGCUUAAUAUAUUACCCUAAAAACUUUCUAACUUCAAACUUUCACCGGCGUUAAAAACUCAAGAUUGUUUUUAAAUGUCCCAAAAAUUUGUUUUUAUGUGUGGUUGACUUUCUUAUUGACAAUUUUGAUUUUUCCUAGUUCUUUAGUUUCAUAGUUUUUUGUAAAAUUUCAACCGUACAAAGUAAACCUUUUUAUUUCUGAUUUUGUAUUUGAAACCAAAAAUCUUGAUUUAUCUUUGUAUCAUUGCAAUUUUCUCUGAUUUUAUGCAAGAUACUAAACACUAAACUAAAAUUGCACAAUUUAUUCUUUAAGGUACGGCAAGUUCAAAUAUGUUCAUCAAUUGUGAAAAAAAUAUUUGGUUCAUGUCUUAUUUUCAAUUGAAUUUUUAGUUUUCAUUUAGCAGGUUAAUAUUAUUCCUUAAAAACUUUAAAAGUUCAAACUUUCAGCGGCAUUAAAGAACUAAAAAAUGUUUUUAAAUGUCCCCAAAACUUGUUUUUUUGGUGUGGUUGUUUUUCUAAUUGAUAAUUUUGAUUUUUUUCUAGUUUCUUAAUUUCGUAGUUUUUUUGUGAAAUGUUAACCGUACAAAGUAAACCCUGGGAUUUCUGAUUUUGUAUUUGAAACCAAAAAUCUUGAUUUAUCUUUGUAUGAAUGCAACUUUUUCUGAAACUAUAAAAGGUACUGAAACUAAAUUUGCACAGUUUAUUCUUUAAGGUUCGGCAAAUUCAAAUCUGGUAAGCAAAAGUAAAAAAAAAAUAUUUGGUUGAUGUUUUAUUCACAAUUGUAAUGUUAGUUUCAAUUUUGCAGGUUAAUAUAUUUCCUUAAAAACUUUGUUAGUUCAAACUUUCAGCCGCAUUAAAGAACUCAAAAGUGUUUUCAAAUGUCCCAAAAUUUUUAUUUUGGUGAGGUUGACUUUCCAAUUGAUAAUUUUGAUUUUUCUUAGUUCCUUAGUUUCAUAGUUUUUUGUAAAAUUUCAACCGUACAAAGUAAACCCUUCAAUUUCUGAUUUUGUAUUUGAAAUAUCCAUACAAGAUUUUUGAAAAAUCGGAAAGAAUCUCGAAAAAUUCCAAAAAUUCCAAAAAAUCUCAAAAAUCUUGAAAAGUCUCGAAAAAUUUGAAAAAAUCAAAAAGAAUGCCAAAAAAUCAGAGAAAUUGGAAAAAAUCCUGAUAAAUCCCUAAGAGCUGAAAAAAUCUUGAAAAAUCUCAAAAAUCCAUAAAAUUUCCAAAUAACUCAAAAAAAUCUCAAAAAUCCAAAAAAUCCUUUAAAAUCGGAAAAAAUCAGAAAAAAUCCCGAAAAAUCCCGAAAAAUCUUGAAAAAAUUCAAAAAUCCAUAAAAAUAUCUUUAAAAACCGAAAAAAUCCCACAAAAUUCAAAAAAUCCCAAAAAUCCCUUAAAAUUCAGAAAAAUCGGAAAAAAUUGGAAAAAAUCCCCAAAAAUCGAAAAAAUUACAAAAAAUUCCAAAAAAUCCUAAAGAGCCGAAGAAAUCUCAAAAAUCCAGAACAAUUUCUUGAAAAUUCGAGAUAGUCCCAAAAAAUUUUAAAAAACCCUCAAAAUUCCUAAAAAAAUCUUACAAAUCCCGAAAAAUUGAAAAAAAUUUGAAAAAAGUUCAAAAAUUCAGGCAAAAAAAACCAUUAAAUUGGAAAAGAAUCAUAAAAAAUUCAAAAAAUAAAAAAAUCAAAAGUAUCAAAAUGUUCAACCUAGGGCGAACCAAGAUUAGUUUGUUUAGUGUAAACAGGGCUAUAAUCUGUAUAGCUGUUCGCAAGAGAUGUUCUUGUUUGACAUGAUAAAAUAAUUUUUUAAGUGGUUCACUCUGUCUGGACAACCAUGAUAGUAGCCCCUCCGGAAAUUUACACUCGUGGUUGACAAGACGGAUGUGAACAAAAAUCGAACAAAAGAUGAAUGAUGGGACCCAGGUUAGAUUUUUAUAGUGUAAACGCAAACUAACCCAGCUUCGCCUCAGGUUAGUCAACCCAUCUUGAAAGGUGGGUUUGCCCUAGGUCGAACCUGGGUUAGUUUAGAAAAAAGUGUAGUGUAAACGCAAACCUGGGGCGAACCUGGGUUAGUUUCUUCAGGACGCAUGCGUAGUGACAGAAAUGUCGCCUAGUGCAAAACAAAGCGAAACGCGAAUGCAAUUUUUUCUCAUUGUAUGAAGCCCGCACUGAGGAUAAUUGUUUUUAAAGUCUAGUUAAUGAAUUCAGUAAAGUUCACAGACAAUAUACACGUUGACUGCCGCCAUUUGUUCAUCUUCACCUUCAAUUCGUGUGUGUUACGAAUGCGUUGAUAUCAAUCUAACCCAGGUUCGCCCUUGAUUACGUUCACACUAGAAAGUCUACAGUUUCCAGUGUAAAUUCACCAGGGUUUGACCUGAGUUAGUUUUAACCUACGUCGAUCCUAGGUUGGUUUGUGUACAAAAAACAGGGCUUAUGCAUCUGCUCUGACAAAGGGUGAAAUGUGAGGGAGGGCCAAGAAAAAAUUUAACACUCAUAACAAAGAUGUUGAAAAAACUUAAAUGUAUAGCAAAAAAGUUAGGGGCAUGGCCCACCUAUGAGGGUUUUGCCCCAGGGCCCACAGAACCUCUCGGCGGCCCUUAUCAUAUCAUAGUAGCAUCAUUGUCAUGAUGUCGCAAUCCACAAGUAGAAUGACGAAAAUAACUUGCUUGAAAGUCUGGAAUCUUGUACCCUUGUCUACAAAAAGCACGAGGGGACAGUACUCAGCAUCUAUUCGCACCCAUUUUCUCAGCGUAUCAUACAACGCAGGGGCAUAUAUUAUCUUAUCAAAAAGAUCGCAAUGAUUCACCAAAAACCGAGAUGGGGUUAAAAGCAAACUCUGGAUAUCCAAUAUU